GUCUUCCCAUCAUUUCCCACUCGAGGCGGUUCCCUUCUGCCUGAAAGCGCGGAGACACGCCCCCAUUUGCGCCCGCCUCCGCACGGUGCUUUACAGCCCCGGCGGCCUCCGUAGCUCCGCCCCCAGAAAAAGGCGUCAGCGUGUCCAGGCCGUUUGGUGGACAUGAAGCCGCCGCAGCGGCAACGAGCGGCUCCGGCGCGCUAUCUGGGCGCUGUGACCGGCCCCGCGGCCUGGAGCAUCCGCGAAAAGCGGCGGCUGCUGCGACUACUGCAGGCGCGGCGGGGCCAGCCAGAGCCGAACGCCGCGGAGCUGGUCCGCGGGCUGCCGGGCCGGAGCGAGGACGAGAUCCGGGACUUCCUUCGCCAGCUCAAGGGCCGUGUGGCCCGGGAGGCUAUUCAGAGGUUGCAACCAGGCGGACCACUGGGUCGACGGCGCCAGACCCCAGCCCCCAUAGAGGUGUGGACGGAUCUAGCAGAGAAGAUAACGGGCCCGCUGGAGGAACCUUUGACAGCUGCCUUCUCGCAGGUGCUCACCAUCGCGGCCACGGAGCCCCUCAGCCUCCUGCACUCCCAGCCUCCGAAGGCCACGCAGGCCCGUGGAAAGGCGCUGCUCCUCAGCACCCCCGGGGGGCAGGAGGUGUCUGACCCUGAGGCCCCUGUGCCUGACACUCCUGGGGUCCCUGCCUCUGACACCCCUGCGGCCCCUUCCGAGCCCGCAUCCGGCCCCUCCUCCAAGGGAGACUUCACCGUGGACUUCGAGAAGAUCUACAAGUACCUGGCGUCCUCAUCCCGAAGUGGCUUAGGACCCGAGCUCUCCCCAGCUGAGUCAUCUGUGGUCCUUGACCUGCUCCUGUCGCUCCCUGAGGAGCUGAGCCGCCUGCCCUGCACGGCCCUGGCUGAACACAUGACUGGAGCAUACCUGCGCUUGACAGCCCCCCAGCCCAGCCUGGCCGUGGGGGGCCUGGGGCCUGAGACUGAGGAUGGGGACGCUGGCUCCAGGGGGCACGAGGAGCCUGGCCAGGCCACCCCCCAGGCCUCUGAGAGCGCUGGGCCCAGUGAACCAAGAUCAGCCUGGCAAGCGGCCGGGGUCUGCCCCCUGAACCCCUUCCUGGUGCCCUUGGAGCUUCUGGGCCAGGCGGCCACCCCUGCCAAGUGA